UCGGAGUGACGCACUUUUUCCGGCUUAAAAGUGUGCUAUUGACUUAAUUGUAGCGGGAAAUCUCUUCAACAUUGUGUUAGUGAAACUGAAAAUAAUUAAGCCUCUGAACAACGAGUGAGCACACAAUUAUGAAAAGAGUGAUAAACAAACAGUUGAAGUUUGUUGUUGUUGCUGCAGUUUUAAAAUAAAUAUGAGAAAUUAAAUGCGGACAUCUGUAGCGAUGAAGAACGUUUCUGUGAUAUGUUUCAUUGUACAAAUAUGGAUUGGCUUACAGUUGCUAGCAGGUGAUGUGAAUGCAUAUUAUCCAUUUCGUGGGGAACGUGGAGCGCCUAUAAUUGAGCCAUUUGAUCCCUUCAUAACGAUUGAAGUCGGCGCAGAUAAAACAAUCGAAUGUAGAGGAGAAAAGCCGGUUGUAUGGAUAUCUGAGAUCCUUCAAAACAACGACGACAAUGUGAACAUAAACACAUUUGUAGACAGAUCAACGUCAGCUGAAGCCAAGAAUACUUAUAAAUCAAACUUAGAGUUCAACUCCAUCACAGCCGACUAUGUUGGCAAAUAUUAUUGCGUCUAUAAUAAUUCAAUUAGAGAUGAAUCAGAGACAAACUUUGAUAACGAAGUUGAAAAGUUCAAAGCAUCGUCAACUUAUAUUUUUGUGGAUGGGGAGUGGAGACUUGAAGUGAAUCUCAAAUAUCCAAUUAACACGCAAUUUUUAUAUUUAGAUCCAGACAAUCUUCUCGUCGAAUCUGGACACAAUAUGGUGAUUGGACAACAAUAUGUUCCAUUUAUUAUUCCAUGCAAGCCAACAUCACCAAAAGUUCGCGUUGAACUUAUUAAAGAAGACGGAGAGGCACAGAUUGAAGGCGACUACGAUCCCGAGAAAGGAUUCACCGUAAGUUUUGGUCACGUUGAAGACAGCGGCUUUUACGAAUGUCGAGUCGUGGAUCAAGAUGAUUAUUUGAUUCAAUUCCACGUAAUUGUAAACGAAAAUUGUGAGUCGAAUGAGAAUUGUAGUAGCGAGAAUAGAUUUUCAAUUAACACAACUAUUGAUGUAACUACUACCACUUCUUCCAUUUCACCGGAGUUUGUGCAACUGGAGCUUUUGGAGCGUCUCGAAAAAUUUUUGUCUGGUGAUGGACUAAUCAAUCGUAAAUCCAAGGCGUUGACAAGCUACCUUCCAACUCCGAAAAUAACAAGCGAUUCAAAGUUCUUCGCUACCGAAGGAAAUGACUUUCAGUUGACUUGUCAUGUUGAACUUCAGGGUAGCAUUCCUUACACUGCUGUUUUCUAUCACAAUGAUCAUGUUCUAACUUCGAAUGAUUAUCUCUCGGUGUCUGAACUUCAACAUGAGCCAACCAAUCGACAGAAAUCACAUUUGAACUUAACUGUUCGACAGAGUGUGAAAGAUCGAGAUGAAGGCGAUUAUAAAUGUACCGUGAUGGAUUAUCACAACAAUACAAAUACUGGAAUAGCAACAAUGACGUUUGUAACAGAACCAGUCAUAGAACUUCAUCCAACAAAUCCCAUAAUAAAAGUUGAGAAAGGAAAGAAGCAAGUUCAAUUUCUAAUUGAAUAUACUGCAUUUCCUUCAGCGACAUUUUACUUAUACGAUCCAAAUAAUGAACAAAUAUCAAGCGAUAUGGAUGUGAUGAAUAGAAACAAAUAUGACGUCGAUAUAAGAACUGAUCAAUAUAAAUUUAAAGUUAAAUUCCCUGACUUAAAUGAUUAUGGAAAUUAUUCAUUAGUUGCAACAACAGUUGGAAGAAAUUUCACAACUUCACUUAAGCUUGUCGUUUCUGAUAAACCAACUGUUAGUAUGGAUGAUGUUUAUGUAAUGGCUGGUGAAGAAGUUCACAUGAUCUGCAAAGUUUUAGCACAUCCAGAAGCUGAAAUCACAUGGUCAUUCCAACCAUGUCAAGAUUUAUCUUUAUGGCCAAGUUGCAGGAAAGAAAAAAACAAACACCAAAUAAUCGAAAAAUAUCAGAUUGAAGAUGUAGAGUUGGAUUUGGAACCGCACAAGGAACCAGACCAUGAUGAAAAAAUUGACAGUCAACAAUCAUCAGAGAUUGCUCAAGUAUCAGAAAUUAAAUUUACACCAUCACAACCUGGUUCAGUUCGAUGUAAAGCUAGAAAUCGUCUUGGAUCUGACAAUGCAUCUGGUCAGGUGAAGCUUGGAGAUUUACCAAAACCUUUCAUGAUUUCUGGAUUAAAUGAAGAUCAGAAAAUUGCCAUUGGUGAUUUAAUUAAACUCGAAUGUGGCGCAAUAAUUUACAAUUACUCGAGCAACAUAAUAUGGAGAAAAGACGGUGAAUUAAUCGAGAAUUUGAAAGGUUUCAUUGUUGAAGAAACGAAUACGAGAUUCUCAUGGAGAAAGACAAUCACAUUCAGACACAUAGCGAAGGAAGAUGAAGGCGUUUAUGUGUGUGAAGCGUUGGUGAAAGGAUCUGAAGAACAUUCGGAUACGCUACAAGCUGCUAUCGCUGUUCACAACACAGAAGCUCCUGUUAUUACUUCAAAUUUCAAUCAGUCAACACUUCAACAAACACUCGGAUCAUCUUUGAAAUUAGAUUGUCUUGUAUCAGGUUUGCCUGUGCCAAAUCUUUUAUGGUACAAGAACGAUGAAGUUUUCACAGUCAAUGAAAUUGCUUCUGAUGAUAAAAGCUUACAGCGCAUAAUGAUUGACAAUGCAAACUCAAGCAUCACAUUUUCUGUUCUCAAGUUGGAAGAUGUUGGAACAUAUAAAUGUGUCGCCUGGAAUCGUGUCGGAUCAGACAUUAAAACAGUCGCAUUAGAAAUUCCUAUACAGCCAAAGAAUCAUAAAUACAUUAAUGUUGACCAAAAUCAUUACAUUAACUGUAGCGAUGGAAACCCUUAUACGGUUCAGCCAGGUGGUGGCCCAAUGGGUGCUGUCAAUCCCGGGGCGCAUUUAAAUUCUCAAGGCUAUGUCAGACAUUCAGGUUUCCAAAACGCGCAAAUUGACAGUUGCAACACUGAAGCCACGAUGGUGUCAUCAACGGGACAAAAAGCACCAAAGCCACCACUUGCAGAAGAAGAAAUCUUUUAUGUAAACAGUACAACUGAUGUUAAGAAUAGUUCCAUGUCUGACUAUUUGUCAAUGAGUCCCAAAAGUGGAACUGUUCGUUAUAAUUCAGGCGCUGGUCACAACUCAGAUUAUGUUCGACCAGAUUCACCCACAAUCACUAAGAAUCUUGAUACUAGUCCUAAGAAUAGAGCAAAACAUCCGAAUAAGAAAUCAGAACUUCCGGAAGAGAUUCCCAUGUUGAAGAGGGGUGAAAAUGGUGCAUUAGUUCAUGCGGAUUCAGAUGAAGAGCUUCAAAAUUCAAAUGCGUAUACAGAGAUGAGCUUUUCAAACAAGAAAGAGUUGGAUGAGCCAGAUCAACCUGAAUAUAAAAAUGUUUUUAAUUCUAGUGAUAAUUACAUAACUGAUUAUAAAUGCAUCAUGACUGACGGUAAAAGAAGUGAUUUUUCAUGUUUUGAUUCAUUUGUAAGCAUUGGAGGAGAAAGCGCGAAAAAACAAGAAAAACCUAAUCUCACAAAUGAAUCAAAAACAAACGAAUUGGAAAUAUUAAAAUAUCGGGCAGAAAUUAUCGACAAAAUCAGCAAAGCACCUGUGACUAUUAUAACAGCACCAACUGGAAGUGGAAAGACAACGCAAGUCCCUCAAUUUAUUUAUGAUGACUGUCAGCAACGAGGAGUUUAUUGCAACAUUCUCAUAAGUCAACCAAAAAAAAUUGCUGCAAUUACUGUUGCCAACCGAGUUGCUGUCGAAAGAGAUGUUGAAUUGGGAAAACUGGUUGGCUAUCAGGUUGGUUUAUCGAAAAAAACUGACGAAGAAAAUAUGGAAACAAAACUUUUAUUUUGUACAACUGGCAUUAUUGUUCAAAAGCUUGUCCAGGAGAGAGAAAUGAACAAAUACUCUCAUAUAAUACUUGAUGAAAUUCAUGAUCGUGAUAUCGACAUGGAUUUCUUAUUAAUAAUUGUCCGUGAUUUGCUUCUUGCUAAUUCAGCUGAUACAAGAAUCAUCUUAAUGUCAGCAACAGUGGAAGUAAAUAUUUUCUUUGAGUAUUUCACAUUUAAUUUGGAUGAAGGAAUUUUAAAACCAGAAUUAAUUCAACUUAAAACUCCACGGCCGUUUAAGAUUAAAACAUUUUUUUUGGAUGACUUAAAGCUUGAAGAUUACGCUUAUAUUGAUUAUGAUGAACCGGGAAUUACGUUGAAGACUUAUGAAUUAGCAAAAAAUAUAGUUAUUAAAAGGCUGAGUGAAAGCAAGAAGUCUAUUUUGGUUUUUCUACCUGGAAUUCAUGAAAUCAAUCAAUUAUAUGCCAUUCUUAAAAACAAACAGGAAAUCGACAUGGAUUUCUUAUUAAUAAUUGUCCGUGAUUUGCUUCUUGCUAAUUCAGCUGAUACAAGAAUCAUCUUAAUGUCAGCAACAGUGGAAGUAAAUAUUUUCUUUGAGUAUUUCACAUUUAAUUUGGAUGAAGGAAUUUUAAAACCAGAAUUAAUUCAACUUAAAACUCCACGGCCGUUUAAGAUUAAAACAUUUUUUUUGGAUGACUUAAAGCUUGAAGAUUACGCUUAUAUUGAUUAUGAUGAACCGGGAAUUACGUUGAAGACUUAUGAAUUAGCAAAAAAUAUAGUUAUUAAAAGGCUGAGUGAAAGCAAGAAGUCUAUUUUGGUUUUUCUACCUGGAAUUCAUGAAAUCAAUCAAUUAUAUGCCAUUCUUACAAACGAACAGGAAGUAGCAGAUUCUUGUCUCAUUUGCUUUCUUCACUCAAGUCUUUCAGCUGAAAAUCAACGUUUAGCAUUUAAGCCAGCAAAUAAACCUAAAAUUAUUCUGAGUACAAACAUUGCUGAAAGUUCCGUCACAAUCACUGGACCGGAAGUUGAUUGCGUCAUCGAUUUCUGUUUGAGCAAAAUUCUGGCAAUCAAAGAAGGUUCGAUAAUGGCAUCAUUAACAAUGGAAUGGGCUGCCAGAUCAUGUCUUCACCAACGUUCGGGUCGAACUGGAAGAGUUUGUGAUGGCGUCGUUUAUCAUUUAAUCGAACAAAAAUUUUAUCAAACUCUUUCGAGAUAUCCAAAACCACAAAUGAAAACAAAUCCACUUGAAAAUGUCAUUCUUCGUAUUAAACUUUUGGAUUUUGAACCGCCACUGAAAAUGCUCUCGAGAGCUUUGACUCCGCCACUGCAAGAGAACGUCAUCAACGCUGUUAAAGUCCUUAAAGAGCUUGGUGGCUUAGAAAGAGUUGACUCAAAUUUCAAAUUCCAUUCUGAAGAUGGAAAGUUAACUUAUGUCGGAAGAAUCAUGGCAAAUCUUCCAUUAGAUGCUCGCAUCACAAAAUUCAUUAUCGUUGGUUAUUUGUACUCAGUUUUGGAUGAAGCAAUCAUCAUUGGAGCUGGUCUCAACAUUGGCAAAAUCUUUCGAACUAGCUUCAUAAAUAAACUCGACGAUUAUUCUCAUAAAUUGACUUGGGCUGAUCAAUCAGAAAGUGACAUCAUUGCAAUUAUUAAUGCUUAUAAAUUAUGGCAACAUAAAACCGAACAAGGACAUUUUACUGACUACAAAAUUGAAGAAAAUUGGUGUGAACAGUUUCAUCUUGAACGAAAGAAUCUUCACGAAAUGCGACGAUUAGUGAGAGAAAUUUCAAGACGUUUAGAAGAAUUGAAAAUGGUUAAAAUGACUGGAAGUGAUUCAGUGACAUGGACAGAAAAUGAAAAACCAUUUGUGUUGAAGAUCUGCUUUGCUGCUGCUUUUAUUCCAAAUUAUUUCAUAGCUGGUGAAGUUUUUGAAGAGACAGAGAAGAAGAUUUACAAAGAACUUGGUGGAUCAGAUCCGAAGAAAACAAUUUAUUUCAAGAAAAUGGAGAAGAAUUUUGUUGGUGAAGUUUACGAAGCAAUUUUCAAGCAGAAGUUAAUCGAAUGUGGAAUUGCAACGAAAAACAGUGAAAUAAAAGUUAAAUUCGAUCGAGGAUCGUCGAAAGUUUUCGUGGAAUUUUCCAACGACAUGAUUGAUAGUAAGAACGAAGAAAGAAAAUCAUUUGUUGCUGGAAAUAUUUCUGCUGAAGUUUAUAAAGCUGUUUUAUUUCGACGUUUAUCAGGAAGCUUCCAUAUUAACGUUAUGGAUUCAUUUUCAACUCUUAAAUAUGCCAAAGACAACGACAUUCUCAUCACAGACGACCCUGGUGACAUUAAAAAUUUAAUUAAACAUCCGAAACAUUGCGUGUUGCCAUUAACAUGCGUUGAAGGUUCGUGGGUUGUUGUCAGUCACAUUGAACAUUGUGGAAAGUUUUUCUUACAACCAAUUGAUGAUGAAAUAUUAAAAAAACUUGAAAACAUUUGCGAGGAUUCAAUUUGUCACAUUCAAAACGUUGAACUUCAUCAAAUUUUGAUUGCUCAUCAUGAAAACAUUUUUAAACGUGCCAAAGUUAUGAACAUCUCAAAGGACAUUAAAAUUGCAGAAUGCUUUAUGUUUGAUUACGGAAUAACAGCAAAUAUAGAAAUCUCGAAACUUUAUAACAUCACAGAAGAAUUUUCCGAUAUUUUUGAUUAUCCUGAGCGAUGUUUUGAAGCAACUUUAAGUGGAAUCGAACCAUCGCAUUUGAAAUGUCCACGAGGAAAGUGGACAAUUGAAGCAAUAAAUUUCUUCAAAAAGUUAGCUUUGGGAAAGGAAUGUUACGCUAAAGUUUAUUCAGUUGUUGAAGAUAUUGCUUCAGUUGAGUUAGUGACAAGACACUUCGAACAAAUUGAAACGUUUUACGCUGUCAAUGAAGCCUUGGUUCAUGAAAAUUUCGCACACGAAUGUGAUGAAAGUUAUCCAAGUAAAAUUGAUCAUGCAAUUCGUAAGAAAAAUCAAAAAUCAGUGUCAAAAUAUGGAGCUGAUGUUGAAUUUGCUGGAAAGAUUAACAAACUUAUCGUUCGUUACUGUUCGCCACCUCCAAUGGUUCAAUGUGAUAAGAAAAUAUUCUUGCAAGGUCCUUUAUCUCCAUUGGAAACGAAACUUUCCCCUGUUCUUCAUCAAUCAAGAUGCACAGAAGUUAUUGUUGAUCCAUUGUCAGUAAAUUCUGUUAUUUUAAUCAGUGACCCUGGAAGUCGUCAUGGCCGUUUAUUGGUAGCUGCAAAUAUGACAAAAAAUCGAAAUGGAAUUGUUAUACAUGAAACUUCUUUGAUGCCUGACAUUAAAGGUUUACCAGUGCUGCUCGCAAUGAUGUUUUCACCUGAAGUUACUUUUGGAUACAAUAAAGAUCGAACACGAUUCGAGUAUAUAAAAUUUGGCUUAGGAUUCCACAACAUGAAUUGUGCUCCAUUCUUUUCACAACAUGACACAGUUUUGCCUGUUAAUAUUUUAUUGACCGAAGAAGAUUUCAUUGCUGUCAAUCGUUUACGAUUUCUCAUGUCGUAUUUGUUAAUGACACAACCGACUGAAGACAUUCCUUCAUUGGAAGAUGAACAAAAAGCAGAAUUGAUGCAGAAGAUUAAAGAUGAACUUUUUAAUAUUCUUGGUAAGAAACGUUUGCUGUUGCCAACUUCAUACGUUUCGUCGACUGAAAAGUGGUGUAAUUAUCCUGAUGAUGAGCAAAAAACAUUUGAAGAGCCUUUCAUUGACGGUGGAACUUAUCAUCUCAUUAAAAUGCCACUUCUAUCUUCAAAAAAUCAAGAAACGAUUGCUCGCCUUUCAGAAAACUUAAAAAAAGUUGAACAAAAUUUGAAAAUGUAUACAAAAAAUCUUUCGAGUGAUAAGAUAAAUAUAUCGACCUUUAAGGGUGAAGGUGAAUUAACGAAUCUACAGUUAGAUGAAAAUGUUUUGACAGAAUUACUCGAGCUGCCAUCAUGGCUUCGUCUAACAUCCGCAUGGUGCAAUCAUAUUUCCUUUAGAAUUUCAUGGGCUAAACUUAAAAGUGUUCCAAUCACAUUAUCGUUGGAUGAAGUGAAUAUUUCUGUAGAGACAUGUGAAAUUGCUAGAUCGGGGACACCAACUGCUGGCAGUGGAAUCCAAUCACUCAGUGUUCCCAUGGGCAAAUAUAGCUUUAUACAUAAAGUUAUUGAUGGCAUCACAAUUCUUGUGAAUACUGUAAAUGUCAACUUCAAAAGUCCAGCGUUUACUGCUUCAGUUCAGAUGUCAAGAAUCCGUGUUGAGUCACGUACACCAAAGUGGUUAGCUGCAGAGCUUCGUUUCACGAGACUGAAAGAUCCAAUACGUGGUCUGAUUCUUAUUUUUAAGGAACUUUCGUGGCAAACUGUAAGAAUUGAAGCAAGUUCAACGCAAGAUAAAAAUUUAACGCCAUUAAGACUGUUAACUAAUCAGGCAAAGUGUCGAAUCACUAUAAAAAAGAAAUUAUCAGAUUGUAGUGUGCUUUCAUCUCGACUUUUAUUAAUUCUUGAUGACUUAUUGUGGGUGUUGACUGAUUCCCAAUUGAAAGCAGCACUUCAUUUCGUUGACUCUUUAGCGGGACUUAUACAAGAAUCAAAUAAAACAAUUCAAAGGAAAAAAGCACAAAAGAAACUUGAAACACUUCCAGAAUAUCAAUCGUAUCUUGAUCAAUCAUCAGCCCGUCCUUCUGAGAACGCGACAAUCAUGACCCAAGCACAGAAAAUGUUCAGUGUAUUUGAUGUUCGUGAGACUUCUUAUCACUUCUUUAGUCAAAGGAUCGAUUUACAUUUAUGUGAUGAUGCUGGAACUGGUCGAUCAUUACAUCCUGACUUGAAAGAUGGUGGAGCGCUUCAGAUAUCAAUUCAUGGCUUUCAAAUUGAUUAUUAUCCUUAUCAUCUUGCGAAAGCAAAUCGAGCGCAUUGGCCAAAAUAUAAGGAAGUGAGUGUUCCACCUGCAAUGUGGCUAGAACAAUCUUUGAACAAUUUUAAAGAAUCACUUUUGACGUUGAGCAAUCCAAAUCGUCCACCAACUCAUGCUCCACUUGAGCGAACACCAAACCCAUUAAAUGGUCAUCAGUCAGGUGCUUCAACACCCACUCAAGCUCAAAUGUCUUCACCAAUGAAAAAGCAUGUGUUGGACAAUUUUUCGAAGCUUAUGACAAGUUGUGUCAUAUUAAGAAUAGAAGAUUUCACAUUAUAUCGUGUUACAACAUCAGGAAAGAAGCAAAUGCCAAAAGAAUUUGUCUCAGGUGAUAAAGAAAGAUUUUCAUUUCCUCCGGAAAUGCCAACAGUUCAUGCCGAGUUUACAUACUUUUACUAUCCAGGAGACUUUGUGUUUCCAUUGCCACCGACAAAGUGUUUCGUUUAUCUAAACCCAAUUCAAGUGAAUUUCGAUGUUGAUAGUUGUCUCUGGUUUGCAUCGUUUGGCUUGGGUCUACAUGAGUCAUUAAUGACAACAAACGUUGCAGAUAAUAUGAAUUCACCAACAACAAAUUCAGUUGAACCAUCGUUGAUGUACAUGGACGUUAAACUCGAAGCCAUCAUGCCAAGACUGAUAUUUGAAUCAUCACGUGAUGUUUCAGCAAUGCAAAAGGAUCGCCCAAAAAAUAUGCAAAUACAAGUGUCAAGAUUUGCUGUAACAAAUAUAAGAGAAAUGGGAGCAUCGCGAGCUGAUCUUGCACAAGCAAUUCAUUCACUUCAAGAAGGAACUCUCGUGUUCUCGUCAGGAUUUCCAUCAAAAUCUGACGAUCUUUCGAUUGUUACUGAUAGAAUUCUUUCGCAUAUUGCUGCCACUGAUGUAUCAACAACACAACCAAAUUCACCAAUUCCAUCGUUGAAUCAAAUGUCACGUUAUGCUUUGUGGAAUGACACAAGAGACGUUUGGUGCAUUAAGAUUGAUCCAGUUUGGAUUGAUUUCUUUGGCGCUCGUUCUAUUGGUGUAAAUCGAUCAAUUCCGUUUAUCGAUGCAGUUCCAAUUACACUUUGGAUUCAUGGUAAAUCACAAAUCGAUGAUAACAUUGCAGUUAAAAUGGAAGAAAGAUUAAAACCACCACCAAAAGCGUCAAUGGAAUCAACAAAAGUUGAUGAAAUGAUUUUAUCAGUGUCGUCACUCACAAAAGAGACGCACAAUGGUGGAACAUUUAUGUUCAACAGUCUCGAUUCGGUUGUUUAUUCAAAAGGAACGAAUGAAAAUGUUAAUAACCAUGAGACGAUGUAUGAAGCAACAAGUGGCGUCAAUGAGAAAUCAACAAGUGACAUGAAUGUGGAUGAAAAAUCAGCUGACUUGCAUGUCAUAGCUCAUUUUGGAAAUUUAGUAAGCAUACAAUUAGAUCAUUAUCAAUUCCUCUUUCUCAUGCGAUUAGCUGAAGAGGUAAACGAGUUAACAACAUUCUUGUCGAUGGAUAGUAAACGAAUUAUGCAAGAGAAGAAUGCAAAUCAAUCGGUGAUUAUUGGUUGUGUUAUUCCACAAGUGGAAGUGACGUUAAUUAUGCCGAGUCAAACACCAGGAAAGGAAUCAAGUGGAGGUGAUGGUGAAAGUGUUCUUCCUGAUUCAGCGAGCUUAGGUGAUGAUCUUCAUACGACGAAUAGUGGAUGGCAACAAGGAAGUUUCUCACUUGAUGGCGGAAAUCGAAUGAAUCCAUUUAGUUCUAUGGAAUCGCCGUCACCAGUAAAACAAGAGAAAUUCGAUUAUCCAAUCGAAACAAAAUCAAAUAUAAAGUUUAACAUUCCAAAAGAAAAUGAAGUUCAAACGACAACUGCUGUUCAAAAUAAUGCUUCGUCGUCAUCCUCAUCGUCUACUUCAACAUUGAAGAAUAAAAGCCGAACGUCGAUUGAUAACAGCAUCAUUCCAAAAGAACUUAAUACUGGUCUUAGUCAAAUGAAAAAAGGAUUUUCAAACUUUAUGACAUCAAUUGACACAGCAUUAAAAACAAAUACAUCAUUUGAUGAUAUAAGUGAUUCGAUUUCUAUUCAAUCUGAUUAUUCAGACGAUUCUGAACUAUUCACUGUACUUGCUGACAGUGACAAAGCGACAACAGAUUGUAAUGAUUUCAUGUUUAAACUCAAUCCAUUCAGUUCUGAUGUUAACAAUAAACUUGCACCUGUUGAAGUUGCUUCAGAGGUUUGUGAGGAUCCAUUUUUAACAAACAUGUCGUCACCUUCGGAACCGUCUGAUGCCAGUAGUUUAAGACGAAGAGAUUUGGUUUCGAUGGUAACUUUUAGGUUGACAACUGUUGAAUUAAUACGACACAACAUCGGAUCAUCAUCGGUCGCUCGUGUUCAAGUCGCAGCUGUGUCAUUAGAAGAGAUCAAAAGUUCCAUGACUCGUCCUAAAACAUUUCAACUUGAAAAUCAAAGCUUUAUUUUAAACUUUCUUCCUUUAUUCUUUUUCAUCAAUCAACAGUGUUCAGCGAUACCAUGGGAUGAGUUACAGACGAAGUUUGGAGCGAGAUGUCGAGCAUGGAACGUUGCACCUUACAAUGCUGAAGCAAAGCCAGUUGUUGCUUUGAGAUUUGAAGAAGAAUUAAACUUGCCAACAGAUCUUUCGACAAUAACUGACAAGAAAUCUGUCAAUUGCUUCUUUGAGAGAAUUUUAAAUGUCAAAGUUGUUGACUUUAAACUUCCAUCGAUACAAAUGAGCACAGUUAUUGGACUCACAGAUUUGACAGAAGACGAAAUUAUCACACCGCCCAUUCCAAUGAAUGUUGAUCUUGAAAAUAUUAAAAUAAAUAUCAUCGAAGAUCGUCCGCCAGUUAACAUAACAUCACCAGGUCCAGUUCCAUUAAAUAUCGCAAUAGGAAAAAUGAAAAUUACACGAGAUUUGUCGGGAGUUUUUCACCUUCAACCAUUGGAGAAAAAAGUUCAUGUGGAAACAUUUUCAGACGGCGAUGACAUGAUAUGGCAAAAGAAAGAAAAAGAUCGUGAAGUUCUGUCAAUGCAACUGGUGAUGCAACAACUUAAAGUUGAUAAUGAUCAAUUACGACGACAAGUUGUAGUAGCUGAAAAGAACAUGGAAGUUAUUCGUCAAAGAGUUAAACAAGAGAAUGAUAUAUUGAAGAGUUAUUUGAAAGCAGCGCAAGAUGAUAUCGCGACGCUUCUUGACGAAAAGCGAACUCUUAUGGAUACAAUUAAGUCUUUACAGAACCAAUUAACGGCAAUCGAGCCACGCGAUGGCAAAAGAUAGUACAUGGACUGCAUGCAAUGUUGUGGUGAAGACACAUUCUGAAAACCGAUUCUUUUAUUCCCCGUCAUUGCAUCUACUUUAAUUAAUCCAAAUCAUCACAGGAAAAGACGAGCAAAGUUAGCUUAUAAAAAGAACUUUUUUGCACUAAUAACAGUUUUUGUUUGUAAACUACUUAAAAAAAAGUUGCUAUUGAUGUUCUAUUGAUGAAAAAGCAAUUCUAUGAAUAUCAGGGGGAUCAUUAUAUGUUUAGGCUUAAUUCAAUAAAAGAAAAGUUGAUGUUUCCUGUUACUUUUAUAUUUCCUGCUUCUUUUUAUUCCAUCGUCGAAAUGUUAAUGUCUACUUUUUGAUUUUUUUAUUGGAUUAUCUUGAAUGAUUCUUCAUAUCGUCGUCACGAGAGGUUGAAGAGGUGAAAAAUUUAGUUAGGAACGAAAUGAAAAUUGAACGAAUUUAAAAGAGUUUGAGGUCGCGAAAUGUUAGUGACAAUAAAUGAGGAAUCUUAAGGAAACUUUACAACAAAGCAUUGAACUAAAUUAUUGAUUUUAAUCAUCUAACCUUUGAACUUAAUUAAUUAAGAUCGCGGACUGGUACUCGAACUUUAAAGCCAUUGAGAAAGUUCGAAGUACCGCUUGUGAUUUUAAUUAAACAUUUUUAAAUUUCUCCUUGUGACGUCCAAAAUUUUAAUCUGCUUUUAAUUAAAUUAUAUCCUAAAUUAAAGCUAUAUCAAACAUUAAUGUCUAAACUUUGAAGAAACUGAAACAUUAGUUAGGAAUUUGUAAACAAAAGAAAAAAUAAAAAAACAAAAACAAUUCUAAUCAAAUAUAAAAAUCGAUAAAUUAAGAAAUUGUUGUUGUGUUUAAAUAUUAUUUUCUUGGUAGUAAUUUUUCUGUUAUUCACUGAACGAUGAAAGGGAAAAGAGAAAAUAAUUUAUCAGAUAAACUGAUGUAGAUUAAUACUAAUUACUAACUAAACUCCAAACUAUCGGCCAGUCAUCAAAAAAUUAACAUUUUGAUUGUGAUAAAGUAAAGGAGAAACAGAAAUGGAGAGAGUGAGGGGGAGUAGAGAGAGAAACUAUUUAUCUACUUUUAGUUUUUAAAAAAUUGAACUUAUAUGACAGUAAAGUGCUUUCGACUGUGUUGUUACAUUUUUGUUUGCUGUUU